CUGCUUUUUAUAAAAGAAACAAAACGCAGAGGGGAGGAUUCUAAAAGCCAAAAGAUCGCCACAAAGAAGGUAAAACUAACAACACUCAUUUAAUAGAUAUUGUUUUAUUUUAUGUGCAACGCAUAAGGAAAUGCAAUGUCAUCAAAACAUCCAAAACCAUUGAAGUGCAAAAUUUGCUAUCUGUAGCUAUGCCGAGCAAAAUAAGCCGUACAAAACGAUCAGAAAUGGUUGUGAUGCAACUCAAUAAAAACCUGGUCUAAAUUUAUUUUUAAUACCUUGUUUUGCCAACAUUAUUGCAUAUCAUUUAAUGUUAUAGUAAUACUAUACUGGGAAAAACUUUGCUUGAGUUGCAUGAAUCUUAAGUAGCAUCAUACUUUGCAUGUCUGCUAAGGGGAAUUUUGUUAGAAUGCAUGCUUGUGCAGAGUGAGUUCGAGAGCUCAUUGAUAUUUCUUUGUAGGUUGACAGGGAAUUGUCUCAUGAUGCAAUGACUUCCAAAUCUCCAAGAUUUAAGAUCCUUGUGAGUGUCUUGGGAAAGAGGGAGGCUUUUGCAGUGACUUCACAUACAAGCCUUUCUGUCACUACAACCUCCAAGAUGUUUACUGAGCACACUGCUCUUCUGAUCUAUUUUCCUCUAUGAGGAAGUGUUUCAUAAUUAAAUAAAACCCAUUUUUUGGGAGUGGAAAUUAAGAUUUGCAGCUUGUUUUAUGAUCAUGUAAAUAAAGUGUAAGAAACAUACCGUUUUAUUUUUCACUACACAGAAAAUUACCCGUCUUCCAGAUGAACGUACACACAAGAUCUAUAAAUCUGGAAUGCAAACUUUUAGAUACUAGUGUCAAUGUAGUGUAUUUUUCACUCCUAGAUGUACCAAGGAUUCUGCGGUGCACUAAAAAUCAAAGGCCAUGAUGGAAUUCGCGAAAAUGAGUGCUAUAAAAAGCAUUAUCUACGCUAUGCGGAGCCGUUAAAAAGAUGGUACAAUUGGCAACAAUAAAUACAACUAAAAACAACCCCCCGACCCAGUUUCUCCAAAUAAGGGGGGAAACUAUUUCAAGAUGUCCGAUAUUCAAAGUGCUAUUCUGCUGACAAAAUAAGUCCCAUGUUAUUUUGAUGGUUUAGGAUAAUUGAGUUACCCACCUUCCAAUAGCAACAGUACACAAUAUUAAAUAUGAUUAUUGCGCUUGACGGGGCUGCUUGCAUUGGUGAUACAUCUAAUGAUUACAUGGCUACAGUUAAUGUAAACUUUUUAACUAUUCAACAUUGUCAAAAGCUUACAUUUUUUGUCUAUACAGCCAAUUGUAUGCUUUUGACCAUAUUAUGCCGAUAUGCAGUUGGACAUGGGCAUUGUUUGUGUUUUAAGUUUCAUUAAAAGCAUAUACGAUUUGCCGAUGCCUGUGUACAAUCCCUCAACCUUAUGUAGUGCGUAAUAUGCUGGUUUGUUACAAUACUGUUGUAGUCGUAUCAUUUUAUUGCUGUUGUAUUGUUGGUACUGUCUAUUAUGUCAUUUAUUUAUUCCUCUUUUUAGUGCCCUUAAGAGUGGUUUAGUUACCGUUUCUGUACUGUACGUGUCACAAUUUCCCACUGGCGUUGAAAAAAGUUCGUCAAAAUCUAUAAUCCCAUAAAAGCUAACCACCAAUGGACGUUUUGUUACAAUGUGAAUGCAAAUACAGCAAUUUCUUGGAAACUUGGGAUUGUCGAUCAGUGUGCUACAUCAAUAUGAUAAAUAUUGCAUAACAUAGUUCCUAUCAGUUGCAAAUUACACCCGAAAAAGGGUUUGUGUUGCGCUUCCGCUUCCGGGUUCCAUUUUGCUGCACUGUCCCUUUAAAUAAGACUCCGCCCACAAAUUGCUACCAUAUCCUCGGUGCCAUAUCUGCGGGCUCUUGUACAAUAACAAUGAACGUCUUUGGCGAUUUAAAUGAAAAUCACACCUUCAACACAUUCAUAAGGAUUCUGAAACUCUAUUGCUUUUAGGUUCAAAUUUAUCCCGCCAGUCGACAUUUAAUACACUGUCACAGGUCUUCAAGCAAGGAGAGGAAUCCCCAAAGGAUUGAGCCGUGGGUGUGUCUGCAAUGGCAGGUGGAAGGCGAGGGGCAAACCGCACCACUUACUGCAGACCACCACUAAGCAGUGACCCAGGCUCAGUUAGCAACAGUAACCACUCCACCAGCUCCCCGGUCACAGGGGUACGAUCUCGCACAAGGAGUGGGACAGGAGCGUGCAUGUCCAGCCCUCCAUUGGCUGCGCAGACUGUGGUGCCCCUGAAACACUGCAAGAUCCCAGAGUUGUCUGUGGAUCAGAACGUGUUGUUUGAGCUGCACCUUUUCUUCUGCCACCUCAUUGCACUAUUUGUCCACUACGUCAACAUCUACAAGACUGUAUGGUGGUACCCCCCAUCACAUCCUCCCUCACACACUUCACUGAACUUCCACCUGAUUGAUUAUAACAUGCUGGUGUUCACAAUCAUCAUUCUGGCAAGGAGGUUAAUUGCAGCAAUUGUAAAAGAGGCCUCACAGAGCGGGAAGCUAUCGUUCCCUCAUUCCAUCUUCUUAGUGAUGGCACGCUUUGCUGUGCUGACGCUGACCGGCUGGAGUCUGUGCCGCUCACUCAUUUACCUCUUCAGAACGUAUUCUGUGCUCAGCCUGCUCUUCCUCUGCUACCCGUUUGGGAUGUAUAUUCCAUUCUUUCGCCUGAGCUGUGACUUCCGGCGGGCAGGUCCCCUCUCCCCCAUUGCCAGCAUCGGCUCUAAGGAGAUGGGAAGCGUCGGCCGGGGGCGGGACUACCUGACAGUGCUGAAGGAAACAUGGAAGCAGCACACUAGCCAGCUUUACGGCGUUCAAGUCAUGCCGACCCACGCCUGCUGCCUCUCCCCGGACCUGAUCCGCAAAGAGGUGGAGUACCUGAAGAUGGACUUCAACUGGAGAAUGAAGGAGGUGCUGGUCAGCUCUAUGCUGAGUGCCUACUAUGUGGCCUUUGUCCCCGUCUGGUUUGUCAAGAGCACACAGUAUGUAGACAAACGCUGGUCUUGCGAACUCUUCAUCCUGGUGUCGGUGAGCACGUCCGUCAUCCUCAUGAGGCACUUAUUACCACCUCGAUACUGCGACCUGCUCCACAAAGCUGCAGCGCAUCUCGGCUGCUGGCAGAAAGUUGACCCCUCUCUCUGCUCCAACGUCCUCCAGCACUUUUGGACAGAUGAGUACAUGUGGCCUUAUGGAGUCCUGGUCAAACAUAAUAAGAAUGUCUACAAAGCUAUGGGCCACUACAACGUGGCAGUACCAUCAGAUGUGUCCCAUUAUCGCUUUUAUUUCUUUUUUUACAAGCCACUACGAAUAUUGAACAUACUCAUCAUCCUGGAAGGAGCCAUGAUAUUCUACCAAUUGUACUCGUUGAUAUGCUCAGAAAAGUGGCAUCAGACAAUAUCACUGGCACUGAUCCUCUUCAGUAACUACUAUGCCUUCUUCAAGCUUCUAAGAGACAGAAUUGUCUUAGGAAAGGCAUACUCCUACUCAAACAGUCCAUCAGACCAGAAAGUCAGUUAGAUCUAAGUUAUUGUGGCUCAAGUGCGUUGUAUUUUUUCUACAUAUUGCAUUGUGCGUCAUUUUGAUUUUGUUCUGAUCUGCCAUGAUAAUAAAAGGAGAUAUUUUUGUAUUACUUAAAA